UGGAACUUGGUAGUUCCCAUUAAAAGCCAUACAGAGUUUCUGCCAAUUAGGUGACAAACUGACCUUCCUAUUUAUGAAUGAUCAGAACACUUUCAAUCACUUAAACUCACUCACUCAUUCAUUCACACUCUAAAUAGGAUACAAGAAGCAGGAUCAGAUUACUAGAGAGAAAAUGACUGAAUCCUUCUCAAAGAGGAAGAAGAUCUACUUAACUAUAAUUUUCUUACAAACCCAUUUCUUAUCUACAAUGGGUAUUGUUUAUAUUGAUGGUUUGGGCACUACAGCAGCAGAAGGUAUCUACCAUCAUCAUCAAAAUGAGUUGACAAUGGUGAAAAAAGCUUGCAUAGGGAACAGGGGACUCUGUUUUUGGGAGUCAGGGUAUGAAGUUAAGAGAAACAUUGAGGAAAGUGAUGAAGAAAUGGAGAUGGAUUCAGAGAUAAGCAGAAGAGUUUUGAUGAUGCAGAAGAAGUUUAUAAGUUAUGAGACAUUGAAGAAAGAUGUGAUUCCGUGUGCUCAACCAGGUGCUUCUUAUUAUAAUUGUCAUGGUCAUGAAGCAAACCCUUACAACAGAGGAUGUGAAGUCACAACAGGUUGUCUAAGAAGAGGUGGUCAUAUGUGAAUUGGAUUUGGAUGAAUUUCUGUAAAACUUUUUAAGAAGAAUUGAAAAGGUAAAGAUAUAUUCUUCUCUAAAUAUAUCUUGGAAAUUUGAAUCAUAUUUUCUUGGAGAUGUUUUAAGUUUGUAAGUUAACCAUUGAUGAAUGAUUGUUGGGUAUGUUUUAUAAGUUUUUUGGAAA